AUGUAUGGGCGUCCGAAGGAAGUGCCUAAGAAUGAGAGGCGUGAAAAAUUAGAGAAGGACAUCAAGAAGCUGCGAGCAGAGAACAUUGCGCUAAAGGAAGAGAAAGAGGCGAUUGCGCAAUCAUUGUGUGACGCAAACGACGAAAUUCGGAAUCUCAAGGUGAUGCUCGUUAAACAGGCUCAUACUCCACAGGCUCAUACUCCUGAUUCGUUAGCGGAAACCCUCCAGUUGGACCUAGAUACAUCGGAAUCGACAUCCGACAUCUUGUCCUCUCAUGGGAUUGGCAUCGCUGGAUCCCUUGCAUUCCAGUCUCGAUCGCAAUGGGCCGCAAACCACGAGUACUUCAAGGCCUGGAUGUUGUCGGACGACUCUCAGGCUCUGUGCAUUCAAGGUCAUGGAGAUAUGGAAAAGAUCUCACCUCUUUCGUAUCUGAUAUCGCUUCUUCACCAACGGCAAAGCAAGCUCAAAAAGAAUCUUGUUUUGACUUUCUUCUGCGGGAUCCAUGCCGUUAGCCCGUUCGACAAGGAAACAUCGGGGCCGCUAGUGUUGGCGAAAUCAAUCCUCACCCAGCUACUGGCACUACCCGACAUUGAUUGGGAUCAUGGUCAAGGUGGCUCGUCAGUCUUGUCGGACCUUCAGCAAAAGGAUAUUUCGAAAUCGCAGCAAGACUCAUUCCGUGCGUAUCUCCGAGUCAUAGGUGCUCUUCUGAAAGCUCUUGGCGGACUACACCAAGCGAUAUUCGUUCUGAUUGAUGGGUAUGAGUACUACGAUCGGAGGUGGGAAUCUAAGAUGACCCAUCUGAUCGACAUCAUGACGGAAACGGUCGAAUCCUUCAAUAAGAGUCGCGAAGGUGGGCAAGUUUGUACGCUGAAGGUACUCUUCACAGCCGCGACCUACUCUAGAUCGCUUGCACCUGAGAACGUCUCUAUGGUGACGAUUAACAUGCCGAAGGAUAUCGAAACCGACAGGGACGGGUUCCAGAGUCUGUGCUAA